UUAGGACACUAAAUAAACAGGCUGCAUGUCAGUCAUUGACAAGAGAUGUGAGAUCCCCUCAGUACACUCUGCUAUCAUUUUGUUAUAAUCACACAAAUCAGACUGACAGAGCCUUUUAGCAGACUACAAAACUAAAAAGUUUGAGUUAUUCUAAAGAGAGCAUUUUAGUAGAGGAUAAUGAAAUCAAACAAUACCAUCCAAGCAGCAAUUGAUCUCACAGCAGGAGCUGCAGGUGGGACUGCAUGUGUUCUCACCGGACAACCCUUUGACACUGCCAAGGUGAAGAUGCAAACAUUCCCUAAUUUGUACAGAGGACUUACAGACUGUGCUGUGAAGACAUACAAACAAGUUGGUCUAAAAGGUUUCUACAAAGGCACCAGCCCAGCACUUCUGGCAAAUAUAUCAGAGAACUCAGUGUUGUUUAUGAGUUAUGGCUUUUGUCAAAGAGUAGUGAGGAGGAUCAUUGGCUUAGACAAGAAAGCAUCAUUAAGUGACGUGCAGAAUGCGGCUGCAGGCUCAUUUGCAGCAGCAUUUGCCUCAUUGGCUCUUUGUCCCACGGAGCUGGUGAAGUGUCGCCUGCAAGCCAUGCACGAAAUGAAAUUGUCCGGCCAGGUCACAGAAGGACAAAACACAGUAUGGUCAGUGGUAAAGAACAUUCUUCGUACUGAUGGUCCCUUGGGUUUCUAUCACGGACUGUCCAGCACGAUGCUUAGAGAAGUUCCAGGCUACUUCUUCUUCUUCGGUGGUUAUGAACUGAGUCGUUCAUUUUUUACAAGAGGAGGGAAAUCUAAGGAUGAGCUCGGAAUUGUCCAUUUGAUGGUCAGUGGAGGUUUUGGAGGUAUCUGCCUAUGGCUGGUUGUAUUCCCAGUUGAUUGUGUGAAAUCCAGGAUUCAGGUGCUCUCCAUGACUGGGAAACAGGCAGGAUUUAUAGGGACAUUUGUAACAAUUUUAAGAAAAGAAGGUGUAUUAGCCCUAUACUCUGGGCUGAAGCCCACAUUAAUCAGAGCUUUCCCAGCAAAUGGAGCACUUUUUGUAGCAUAUGAAUACAGCAGGAAAAUGAUGAUGAACCAUUUUGAUGUCUAGUAAAGCUCUAUAAUAUAUUCAGAAUUAUUUACAUGACUCAGAAGACCAGACAACCUGUGGGAGAUAAUUCUCAUACAAGAUAAACGUCGCACUACUGUCUUGCGCCUCCUAUCCUAUCAGUACUGUGUGUACAACAAAUUGUCUGUAAAUAGUUAUAUAGGUGACAUAUUUUAUUGCACAGUGUUGGGUUAGAAAACAAAAAGAACAUGUAUAAUAUAAUCAGCUAUCAGUUGUUCUUAUUUCUUUUUAACUAUUUUUAUUAUAAAGUUAAUAAUUAGAUCCAGAAUAAAUAAAUGGUGCUAAA